UAGUGUUGUUGGGGACGUCACUUCCUGGAAACGUAAAUACUGUGGCCAUGAUUGUAGACAAACCAGCUCUAUAACUUCUAAAUUUGUUUCGAUAACGUUGCAGAUAAUCCAUUCAAAAUGAUGAUAACAAAACAUGUUCGAAGGACUCGUGAAUUUACGGGUCCUUCGCCAUCGUCAGUUGCAAUUAUGGCAAGACCUCCAAACAAAAGGCCACCAGAGUAUUUAAUUUUAGAAAGAAGGAAAAAAGAAGACAAAUUAGCAUCAUACUCAAAGAAUAUGGAAAAUAUGGAAUUUAAUGACAUCAAAAAUGAAUGGGAAAGAACAACAGACAGAAAACUAAAACUUAAUGCAACUAGAAGAAGAGUGGAAGGUCUUAUCCAGGCUAAUCAUUUCUCUGUUGAAGACAGAAGAGACAAACUGAGAAGUUUGUUAAGACAAGAAGAACAAAUGUACUUACGAGAAAUGGAUGCAAAGGAAGAAACUGUGCUUGAAAGACAGGCAAAAAUGAGAGAAAGAGCUAAGUUCCUUAAAGACAGAAGAGAAGAUGAAAGACUACAAUAUGUACAGGAGAAAUAUGACCAACAAUUCAGAGAUCAAUGUGAAGAGCUUAGAUCCACAUUAUCUAAACGUCAACAGGAUGAAGUGUGUGUGGAAAGAUUAGAACAACUAAGAGUGAAGGAUGAAUUAAACCACGCGAAGAGAAUUGAGGAUGAUAUGUAUGCCAAAUUAUGGGAAGAAGAUAGACUUGCUAAAGCUGCCAGAGAGGAGAGGGAUGCUAAGGCAACAUACGAAAGAAAUCAAGAAGUACUUAAGGUGCUUAGAUUACAAAUGGCAGCUUUGGAAGAAAAGAAAGAAGAAGAAAAACGUCUCAAACAAGAAGAAAGACAACUUCUUCUUGAGCAAGAAAUGUUGCGUAAGAUUGAGGAACAGAGAGCAUGGGAAGAUAAGGUCCGUCAACAGAAUGAGACAAGAGAUAUGUUAGAUAUGUCUCUACAACUCAAGAUGAAAAAGAAGGCUAAGUUAGAGCAAGAACAAUUAGCAUUUGAUUUGAAGAUUCUUGAACAGUUAUUAGAGGAGUCCAGGAAUGAAGCAUUGGAACAAAUGCAGAAAAAGAAAGAAAUGCGAGAGGAAGAUAGAAGAUACCGUGAAUACCUCCGACAGCUUAAGGAGGAAGAAAUGGCAAAUGAGAUUGAACUAGAAAGAUUGAUUCAUGAGGAGGUAGAAAAGAUGUGGCAGAAACGUUUGAACCAGUGGAGGCUUGAAAGAGAGGCUCGUAAAAAGUUAUUAGCUGAUGUACUGCGGGGACGUGCUAUACAGUUACAAGAGAGAUUGAUGGAAAAUGAGAAAAAACAAGCAGUAGCUGAAAGAGAAAAAGUAGAAUUAUUAAGGACAAUCGAAGAAAACAAAAAAUAUGAAUAUGAACAAAUGGAGAAAAAUUGGCACAAAAAUCGUCAGUACCAAAAUGAUUUAUCUGGCCAAAUAGACUAUAAUCACAGACUAAAACAACAAGAUUUUGAAAGAGAUGAAGCGGAAUAUAGAUUGGGAAUGCAGGCUGAAUAUGAAUAUCAACAGAGACUUAAAACUUGUCUUGAUGAUCCUGAAGUUGAUCGACCACAUCCAAUGAGACGGGCAAUGAUGCAACAUAGUGCACAUCGCUAAAAAGAAGAAAUAAAACUGGCUGAAUCAAACUUUUUAUAACUUUAUUUUGAAUUAAAACUCAGUAUUGAAUAAGUCACAAAUCUGCUAUAAAUGAGUUAUAUGUAAGAACAGACUUCUAAUAAUGAAAUAAAUUUGAUUUUAGCCAUACAGUAGUAUUUUUUCUGGUUGAAUUAAUAGUGGAGUCAAAAUUAUGAUGUUUGUGCAUAUAAACAAGUAUAAAGCUAGAAGUUUCCCCCUAAAUAAAAAAAUAAAAAUAAACGAAAACAAAGUUAACUGAUAGAGCAAGUUACUUUAAGCAUAAACAAAGUUUAAAGUAAUUUUAUGAUUUGACAAGUGGUUAUUGGAGAUAAUUCUCCAUUUCUGGAUAAAAUGACUAUUUAUUUUAUAAUAUGUUAAAUUGAUUGUCUUUUUGAUAUACAUUAAGGUCAUUUUGUCAGUAUGAUAAAUUUACAAGAUAUAAUGGGAUUUCAAUCGCUAAAUUUGCAUAAUUUACUAAGUUAUCAGACUUAUUUUUUCCAAGUUCAACUGCCAAGACCUUUUUAAAUUCUGAUAAUUUGUCAUCCCUCUAUUGUGUAUUUUGUGGAGAGUUGUCUCAUUGGCAAUCAUACCACAUCUUCUUUUUUAUAUUUAUAAUUUGUCUGUAUUGAUUAGGAAAGUUUAUGGUGGUAUUUUGUAAUUCAUGCUUGUGAUGAACCAUAGAGCUCAAUUUAGAUGUGCAUUUCAUCUUUUAAAAGAUCAUAAUUAUGCAUGGUCGUUUAUUUGUUAUUUAAUACAUGUUAUAUAUAUUUUUUAUCUGUGAUAUUUUCUUAGUACUAUAACCAAGCACUACAUCAAAACAAGCUUUAUAUGAAAAUAAUAAUAAAACUCAGUGAAUUUUUGCUGCAUAUUCGAUGAAUAACUGUUUUCAGCCAAAUCUGCCACUAGUAAGGCAAUUGCAUACUUGAGGAUUUCAGAACAUGAAAACAUACGAAAUCUACCUCCAAGGCAUUAUUAAAAAAAGAAAAAGGCUGUAAUGCAAUAUGAAGGAGAUUAUUAUGGUCUUGCAAUUACAAAUUAUUAUGGUCUUGCAAUUACAUCGUAAUUAUUUUUACUAAAAAAAUAUAAAUUGUUUUCAGUUAUAGAAUGAUUUGCUUGAAAGUUCACAUUUCUUUGUGGGAUUUUAUUUAUAUUUGUAUGACUUUUGAGAUGAUGAAGAGAAUUGGUUAUUAGCACUAUCUAACAUUGUAAAAAAACUUAUGUACAUUUAUAUAUAAAUAUGUAUUUAAAAUGUACAGAAAACUUACUGUAAUAUAAAUAAUCACUUUGAAGUA